GCUCCCGCGCUCCCCCCCCAAGAUGGCGGCGCCCUUGGCGCUGCAGCUGCAGGAGCUGCUGGACCCCCGGCCCGGCCCGCGGGACCCCGAGGAUGAUGCGGAGGAAGCUACAGUUGCUAAAGUGAUUGACAGGUUUGAGGAUGAAACCACGGAUGAGAUUUUGCCUGUUGGUAAUAUCAGGAAAAGAGCUUCAGCCUCGCUCCUGGAAGCUGAUAAGAGGUACAGUGGAAAAGCCACAUCUCGGAAAGCUUUGCAGCAGGAGCUUUGGGGAGAUGCUGUGUCUGAAGAAGGAUCUGAUGAGGAAGCAUUAGAUGACUGGUACAGUGACAGUGAAGGCUCAGCAGAGGAGGACAGUGUUGGCACUAAGGCCAGGGAGAAGCCCAGCAGCGCUGGCAGCAAGCAGGAGGAUGACUUGGAGGAUGAUGAAGAGGCCAAGGCGCCAAAGUUCAGCUUCCAGAAUAUCACAGACUUUGAGAAGUUUGCAGAGGGGAUGGACGAUGCAGGGAGCAGUGAAGGGGAGGAUGAAGAUGAGGAUGAGGAUGAGGAUGAAGAUGGUGCUGACAUGGAAGAAGGAAGCGAAGAGGAGGAGGAAUUUGGGAGUGAAAACCACGAUGAUGGGAAGGAAACCAAAGACAGCGAAGAUGAUGGGGGAGUGCUGACCUUCUCCAGAGGACAGGAGUCUGAAGAAGUGGAGAAGGGCAAAGCUGUGAGGAACCAGCUAGCCCUGUGGGAUCAGCUGAUGGAAGGGAGGAUCAAGAUGCAGAAGGUGCUCCUGACAGCCAACAGGCUGCCCCAGCCAGACACCUACCCCAGGUUCAGGAAGGAGGGAGGACAGGACUUUGACAACGCUGUGGAGAACUGUUUUAAAGCCCUGGAGGCCUUGCUGAAAGUGCUGGUGGAACUCCAGGAUGAGCUGCUUUAUCAGUACCCAGGCACGAGGCAUCUGGUCGAUGGGAAGCAAGCAAAAACUGAGAGUGAGGAUGAAAUCCCGAGCAGCAGCGACGAGGAGCCGCUGGAGAAGGCUCAGAAGAAGAGGAGGAGCCUCCCCAAACGGAAGCUGAAGUUUGAGGAGUACCCUGAGUUCAUAGCCAAGCGCUACAAGGACUUCAGGACCUACAGGAACAGCACCCUGCAGAAGUGGCACGACAAGACAAAGCUGGCAACCGGCAAAAUGGGGAAGGGCUUCGGAGCCUUCGAGCGCUCGGUGCUGGCGCAGAUCGAUCACGUCCUGCUGGACAAGGAGCGAUUGCUGCGGCGCACCCAGACCCGCCGCUCCCUCUACACCGUGCUGGGCAAGCAGGAGCAGCAGCCUGCCCCAGCCCCUCAGCCUGGGCCGGACAGCUCGGAAGUCCUCCCUGCCUCAGAUUCCAACAGGCACCUGAAGGACAUCGAUGAGGAGAUAUUUGAUGAUGAUGACUUUUAUCACCAGCUCCUGCGAGAGCUGAUCGAGCGGAAAACCACGUCCCUGGACCCCAACGACCAGGUGGCCAUGGGCAGGCAGUGGUUGGCCAUCCAGAAGCUGCGGAGCAAAAUAAAGAAGAAAGUGGACAGAAAAGCCAGCAAAGGAAGGAGAAUCAGGUACCACGUCCACAGCAAGCUGGUGAGCUUCAUGGCACCUAUUGACCAGUGCACGAUGAAUGAUGACGCCAGGACGGAGCUUUAUCGGUCGCUGUUUGGAAAAGUCACGAACGGAGAGGAGCCGGAGCAGAGUUAGGAUCUGGGAUGGAGCUCCCGGUGUUCUCCCCGCUGGUUCUGCCCUCAGCUGCUCCCUCAGGCUGCCCAGGAGCAGAGCCAGCUCUCUCCAGCCUCUGGUUUGUCCCUAAAAUCCCCCCUGAAGGAGCGUCAAACCCUGCUGAGUCAGAGGCUAAGCACCCCCUGCCCAGCCUGAGCUGUUCCUCCCAAAGACAAUCCAUUUUUAACUAUUCCCUUUCAAUUCCUGACCUUGAUUUUGCAGCCUGGGCACAGUGUGGGGGGUGGGACACAAUCCAGCCCCCCCCUGCAGCGGGGCCCCCCCAGGGUUGGGUUAAAACCUUGGAGAUUUGGGGGCUGGGGGGGUUCAGUGCCCCGUUCUGGUGCUUGGCUGCGUGUUGGGAGUGCGUGACUUCCUUUUUCACCAGUCAAGAGGAUUUAAAUGUCAUUUCCAUAAUUAACGUGGCCUUAAAACAGAGGGAAGGUGCUCCUGUGCAGGCUCCAGAGCUCCCAGCUGACAUCGUGGCUGUCCAACACGCACAGGGACGUGGGCUGACCCCGACACGGGGAUGUGCCAGGAUUUUGCUGCUCUGGGAGGAUCCUGGGGACUCCUCCAGCCCAGCCCUGGUCCUGCACACUCAGUUCUCGCUCGUGACUCUGGGCCUGGCUGUCUCCAGCAGCCCGUGACACCGCGGGCAGGAGGACAGAGGUGAUUGUCCUGUGAGGGCUGUGGGGGUUUGUAGGAAGUGCCCAUGAAGGGGAUUUGGGAUCCCCAUCAGUCAGAAAUGGGGAUUCUCUGGUGUCACUGAUGCCUGUGGUGGCCGUGGCUGUCCCACGGAGCUGGCCUGGCCCUGGCUGCGGUUUGGGCACCCCAGCUGAAGGGGUUUGUGAGCUGCUCGUCCCGGUGUGCUCCAUGCCCCCUUCGGAAAGAGAAGGCCAGCCGAGGAUUGGCUUUGGGUGGAACAGGGCUUUCAGGGGUGAAGGAAUCUCUGCUCCCUCUCAGAGGAGCGGAGCUGCAGCUCCCAGGGGAGUGCAUCCAUUUCCCUUCCCUGCCCUCCUUCCCUCCCCAGCUCUCUGAUCCAGGCAGAAAAGCACCCGGAUUUCGGAUUUCAAUGCCCCACGUCCAGCGGAGCCCAUCCCGGGCGAAUCCCCCCAGGAGCUGUGGGAGCAGGGCCACAGGGAAAGGCUGAUUUUUGUCACCUGUGCCAGGUGCUUCAGCUCAGCGUGGGCUGCUCCGGCACAGCCUCCCCAUCUCCUGGGCCCACAGGACGAUCCUGGCAGUGCCACCUCCUGUCCCCGUCAGUCUCAGGACCUGCAGGGAGCUGAGCUUCUGCCAUGGGCAGCCUGAAACCCCCUCGGUUCAACCCCGCAGCCCCCUGGGUUCCCGGGGGUUUGGGCUGUCCCAGCUGUGCCACCCUCCCGUGCCACCCCUGUGUCCUCUGCAGCCGCAGCUCCAGCCCUCUCGGAGCUUUUUUUUUUAAUGUAUUUUAUUUUUUUUUUCAGUUCUGUAAUGUUAAAAGGGUAAUAGGAAGCUCUUUAAACGUGAUUGUUUAGAGGAGAUAAGAGGCCGAGCGCCGCUUUUGGAUUCACUUAUCAGUGUUUCAACAGCCGCUUCUCCGUCCCCAUCCCUGCCACCACCUGGCCCGGGGACACGGGGACAUGGGGACACGGGGACACAGGGACAGCCUGGCCUGGGGACAGCGGGACAGCCCGAUCUGGGGACAUGGGGACAGCCUGGCCUGGGGACAUGGGGACAGCCCAGCCCCAGGCACACAGCUCCGACCUUGCUGGGAGGGAAGGAAAAGGGCAGGGAAAGGAGCUGUAGCUGAUGUGGAAGUGCCGCAAGAAAAGUGCAAUCCCCGAGGAGCGGCCCAGAGGCUCUGGUGUGGUGGUGGCACCUCAGAGAGCAGGGACAGGGAGAGGGGAUUCCUGGGGAUGUGCUGGGAGUUUUUGUGAUUUCUAUUUUGAUGUUUCACGGAGAUUUACGAAAUGUGCUGCAGCUGUUAAUAUUCACCCGGGGCACUCCUUUCUCUCUGCUGUGCCCAUGAAAUAUCUGUGCUAGCAACACCUGGGAUUCGGAGGGGGAAGAACCAUUCUCACCACCUGGGCUGGCUGUAGCUGCUUUUAUUUAAUUUUUAAAAGUGAUAUUGUUGACCUGGAAGCAGGGACAGGGCGUUCUGCGCCUCGGUGCCCCAGGGGGAUGGUGCCCGACACGGGCACACGGAAAGAACCAGGGCCAUUUCCACCGAUUUCCACCAAUUAACAGCAAGUGACAUCUCCCCUCCCCAUACAGAAUAUUAAUUCGUUAUUAGUGCGUGAUACAGCUGCUAAUUAGUACCUCCACAAACAGGCAUUACACCUUAGCAAAACACUCGGAGGUGUUUUGGGGACCGGGGUGUGCGGAGGGAGGGACAGAGGGUUGUGUUCAUCCUCUUCCCCCAACCCCGCCACAGCGAAGAAUUUCAACUUUCAGACAAACAACUUCAUUUACAAGUGUGUCUCUAAUUAGCUGCAGAAUUAGUAAAGCAGAGUUUUCCCCCCAUAGAUCGGCCAAAGCCCCGGGGGAGGCUCUGGAAUGGAGAGAAUCGCAUUUCCAAUUAUUUUGUUGAAUUGCUAAUUUAGUUAUUGUGCCUGGCGUAAUUGUGAUGGGUAUUGGGUGUGCAAUUCAAUUUGUUUUAAAUAUUUGUGGGAAGGCUGAUCAGUAAUGGAGCUGACCUAUUUCAUGGCCCAAAUUGAGAGAAGAGACUAAAACAAAAAAACAGCUACAAAGCCCCA